AUGGUCCAAAUGGAGAACCAUGACUCCUCCUCCACAACCGCCACCACCACCUCCUCCUCUUUCUCCAGCUUCAAAACUUAUUUUCAUGCACUCUCCGACACGCCCCACCGGCUGGCCCGCCGAGCCUGUUCCGUUUCGACAUCUUUCCAAGAAACCAGCCGCGUCCGAGCCAUGUCUGGCACGGACAUGAAGAGGACCCUUAGAUGGUAUGACCUUGUCGGCUUUGGGGUCGGCGGUAUGGUCGGUGCCGGAGUCUUUGUCACCACCGGCACCGCCAGCCGACGUUACGCCGGCCCUUCUGUUGUCCUCUCCUACGCCAUUGCCGGCCUCUGCGCCCUCCUUUCAGCUUUCUGCUACACUGAGUUCGCCGUUGACAUGCCCGUCGCCGGCGGGGCCUUUAGUUACAUCCGCGUCACUUUUGGUGAAUUUUUGGCGUUUUUGACGGGGGCUAAUUUGAUUAUAGAUUACGUAUUAUCAAAUGCGGCCGUGGCUAGGAGUUUCACAACAUACUUUGUUACAGCUAUUGGUGUAUCGACGAAGCUGAGAAUAACAGUCCAUUUUCUUCCCAAAGGUUUUAAUGAGAUUGACAUUUUAGCGGUGGCCCUCGUCUUGAUUCUCACCUUAGUCAUCUGUUACAGUACGAGGGAGAGCUCAUUGCUGAAUAUGGUGCUGACGGUGCUGCAUAUAAUGUUUAUACUGUUUGUGAUAUUGAUGGGGUUUUGGAGGGGGGAAUGGAAGAAUUUUAGCGAGCCAGGGAACCCAAAACAUCCUGGUGGGUUUUUCCCAUUUGGAGCAUCAGGGGUUUUCAACGGGGCUGCCAUGGUCUACCUAAGCUAUAUCGGGUAUGAUGCAGUUUCAACAAUGGCUGAAGAGGUCAGAAAUCCGGUUAGGGAUAUCCCUGUUGGGGUCUCGGGAUCCGUGAUCCUCGUGACGGUUCUUUACUGCUUGAUGGCUGCCUCAAUGUCCCUGCUUCUCCCUUAUGACAUGAUUGAUCCCGAGGCGCCGUUUUCAGGGGCAUUUAGGGGAGGAUCAGACGGUUGGAAAUGGGUAUCGAAUGUGAUAGGGGUGGGGGCCAGCUUCGGGAUAUUGACGUCGCUGUUGGUGGCUAUGUUGGGUCAAGCUCGGUACAUGUGUGUGAUCGGACGGUCCAGAGUUGUCCCUGCAUGGUUCGCUAAGGUCCAUCCUAGGACUUCUACGCCUGUCAACGCCUCAGCUUUUCUUGGGAUCUUUACAGCGGCUAUUGCCCUUUUCACGGACUUGAAUAUACUACUGAACCUUGUGUCCAUCGGCACGCUCUUUGUCUUCUAUAUGGUUGCAAACGCUGUAAUCUACCGGCGCUAUGUCUCUGUCGGAACAACUAAUCCAUGGCCAACCCUUUCCUUCCUGUUUUGCUUCUCACUCACGUCCAUCAUAUUCACCGUCAUGUGGCAAUUCGCACCCCCGGGAAAGCCGAAAGCCUUCAUACUCGGUGCCUGCACUGCUAUUGCUGUUGGCGUCCUCCAAUCAUUCCAUCACACGGUUCCAGAAGCCAGAAAGCCCGAGUUCUGGGGGGUCCCUUUGAUGCCCUGGAUACCUUCCAUAUCCAUCUUCCUUAACAUAUUCUUGUUGGGUUCUCUUGAUAGACCGUCCUACGUGAGAUUCGGAUUCUUUUCCGCUCUCGCAGUUCUUGUUUACCUUCUAUAUAGCGUCCAUGCUAGCUUUGACGCUGAGGAAGAUGGGAAGCUCGGUCAUAACAGCGGUGAAAAUGCGAAGGAAUCUAUUGAAACGGAGGACCACAAACUUGAAGUAUAAUAUUUCUUGUUCUUGUUUUUUCCCUUUCAGUGACUCGACAACUUUUAAUUUUGGAUCAAGGAUUAGAGUAGGGACGAAGAAGAAGUAGAUAGGUUGGAAUAGGCUGCAAAAAAUUAGCAGCAGCAGCUAGCAGCAAGCUGUACAGCUGGAGCCUUAGUAGUGGAUCAAGGUUUGAGGUCCCCUGUACAUGUUGUCGUCUGAUCCAUCACCUUAUAAUUCUGACAUGCAUUAUCUCGACAGAGAAUGAAACCAGAAAAUCUUAACAAGA